AUGGCUCCCCGACAUAUUUCUACAACCAUCUUCUUUCUACUCUUUCUCUCAGUUACUAAUAAUACACCCUGCAAUGCACAGUUGUCUUCUAACUUCUAUAAAGCUACAUGUCCCAAUGCACUCAGUACAAUAAGGACCACCAUCAGGACAGCCAUCUCUCGCGAACGUCGCAUGGCAGCUUCCCUCCUUCGCCUCCAUUUCCAUGACUGCUUCGUUCAGGGUUGCGACGCAUCAAUCUUGUUAGAGGAUGGGCCUUCGAUAGUAGGGGAAAGGAAUGCGUUGCCAAAUAAGGGUUCUGUAAGAGGCUACGAAGUGAUUGACGCUGCCAAGUCGAAGGUUGAGAAACUAUGUCCCGGUGUUGUAUCUUGUGCAGACAUACUCACGGUGGCUGCCCGUGAUGCGUCAGAAAUGGUUGGUGGUCCGUCGUGGUCGGUGAAGCUUGGAAGAAGAGAUUCCACUACCGCUAGCCUUGUUCUAGCAGAGACCAGUCUUCCUAGUUUUAAAGCUCCUCUUGAUUCACUUAUUUCCACCUUUAAAGAUAACGGACUUAACGCCAGGGACAUGGUUGCUUUAUCAGGAGCUCAUACAAUUGGACAAGCUCAAUGCUUCUUGUUUCGUGACAGAAUAUACAGCAAUGGAUCAGACAUUGAUGCUGGAUUUGCUAGCACACGUAGACGUCGUUGCCCUAUAAACGAUGGAAACGAAAAUCUUGCACCACUAGAUUUGGUGACUCCCAAUUCGUUUGAUUACAACUACUUCAAGAAUCUGAUACAAAAGAAGGGUCUUCUUGAAUCGGAUCAGGUGCUUUACAGCGGUGGAUCCACAGAUAGCAUUGUUUCGGAAUAUAGCAACAAUCCUUCCAAGUUCAAGUCGGAUUUUGCAGCAGCCAUGGUGAAGAUGAGUGAGAUCAGGCCAUUAACGGGUGAAGCAGGAGUGAUAAGGAGGAUUUGUGGUGCUGUUUCCUAG